UGCAUCAGGGAUAUCCAUCGACAAGGUAUUGUGGUGGAAGAGAACAGUGAACCAUAUUAUGUAGUCAACAAUCGAACUUGAUGGUCCUACUGCACGAUCCACGGGUGUCCAUCAGCAACUUCAUUAUAUUAGCGGAACUGCUUUAUGCAUCACACGAUUUUGUUCUGUUUCCGUCUUUUCCAGCUCAGUGGUGCCCAGUUCAACGUGAAACCAAAACGAUAUGCGUGAAGCACUUAUUGCAAUAUGUGCUGCCAUUACGCUUUUUUACCUCAUCUCGGCAAAAAGAGCGGGCAAACAAAGAUUACGAGCAUUACCUGCGGACAAGGAGCGCGUUAUGCUUAUCGGUUGCAGUUCAGGCAUAGGCAGAGAUCUUGCGCUCAAGUAUGCUGCACGUGGCGCCAAACUUGCCCUGUUUGCACGGAGACAAGCACUCAUUGAUUCAUUACGACAAGAAUGUGAACAGGCUGGGUCGACUAAUGUAGUUACCAUUGCCGGGGACAUUACUCAAACAAGUGAUUUGGAACGCCUCGUGGAAGCGACAAAACGCACACUCGAUGGAGUGGACACUGUGGUUUUCUGUGCCGGACUCAUUUCUGUACGACCGUUCAUGGAUGCGAGUGGGAUCAAAGUUGUUCAUUCACAACAGUCACCGUCCUCAGGGCACUUUUCCGUCAAACUCCUACAAGAUACAUCAUCGUCAUCAUCGUCAACAACAACAUCUAUAGACGAAGCCUUAGAACAUAUCACCGAUGUAAACUAUAUGGCACCAGUCCGCCUUUGUCGGCUUGUGCUCCCCAUGCUCAUCGAAACAUCUGUUGCGCCCAAUAUCAUGAUCAUGUCAUCGUUGGCAGGUAAAGUCGGUGCGCCUACUCGUGCCUUGUAUGCUGGAUCAAAGCAUGCUCUUCAUGGCUUCUUUGACUCGUUGCGGGUUGAAGUUGAGCGCUACAAUGUCCACAUCGGGAUCAUUUGCCCAGGAACGGUCGAUACGGAACUACGAAAUUCGGCUGUGGAUAUCGGCAAAGGUGAUGGACAAGCCAUAGCAGGAUCGACACGCGGCAAGCUGUCUUCGAGUGCUGUCGCUCGCCGGACAUUGGAUGCGUCCGAUCGCCGAGAAAGAGAAGUUUUUAUACCUGCACUAUUCGGCUACGUUGCUAUCUGGGCCAAGCUGCUGGCGAGUAGAUGGGUCGAUUGGGCUGCCAAAAAGAAAUACAGCUAGCUUACCAUGUAUGUGUCAUACCAUGACUACAGCAACAACAAUAAUAAUAAUGCUAUAAGCAUAGUUUACGAAAAAGUAAAUCAAAAAAGUUGAAGUGAAAGCCUGGAUGGACUCCUCAUCCACC